AUGGCUCUAUGGUUGCGGCUGUUGACAUAUGCUCUCUUGAUGAGCGUUCUUCUUAAGGGUUGCCUUUUUGAAAAUCUGGGAAGUGCAAGGAACAGUGAAGAAAGGAGGAAUAGCAGAAGAAUAGCAAUCUCUUCAUUAUUCACAAGACCUACACCAGUCAACUCGACGCUUCAAUCUCACAAUGAGUCAUCCGACAACAAUGUAACCCUAGAAAAUAUCAGGCGAUUGAACGCAACCAUUGAUUCAACAUCUCCAAGAAAUCGUCGGGAAUUCCUCAGAAUUAAAAGAGACUCAAGUUUUCAAGACGAAAAUUCUUGGAUGUCUCCGCAGAAAUCAGAUUUUGACUUCACCAAAACAGCAGAACCAAAUCUGCUAACCGAUGAUGUUCAGACAUUCGCGGAAGUCGAAGGUACCACUGAGGAUACUACAGUUGCAGAACAACCAGAUCAGUUCGGAACACACGAUCUGUCUUUAGAGCAACCAGAUCCUUUCGGAAUAAACGAUCUGUUUUUAGAUGAACCAGAUCAGUUCGGAACAAACGAUCUUUCUUCAGAGCAACCAGAUCCUUUCGGAAUAAACGAUCUGUUUUUAGAUGAACCAGAUCAGUUCGGAACAAACGAUCUGUCUUCAGAGCAACCAGAUCCUUUCGGAAUAAACGAUCUGUUUUCAGAUGAACCAGAUCUGUACGGAAUAAACGAUCCGCAUUCAGACGAAUCUGACACCGGAGCUUCCGCAACUACGGCUAAACAACUGGAUCCUUUUGGAAUAAAUGAUCCGUUUUCAGAUGAGCCAGAUCUGUACGGAAUAAACGAUCCGCAUUCAGACGAAUCUGACAAAAGAGCUUCCGCAACUACGGCUAAACAACUGGAUCCUUUUGGAAUAAAUGAUCCGUUUUCAGAUGAACCAGAUCUGUACGGAAUAAACGAUCCGCAUUCAGACGAAUCUGACACCGGAGCUUCCGCAACUACGGCUAAACGACUGGAUCCUUUUGGAAUAAAUGAUCCGUUUUCAGAUGAACCAGAUCUGUACGGAAUAAACGGUCCGCAUUCAGACGAAUCUGACGCCGGAGCUUCCGCAACUACGGCUAAACGACUGGAUCCUUUUGGAAUAAAUGAUCCGUUUUCAGAUGAACCAGAUCUGUACGGAAUAAGCGAUCCGCAUUCAGACGAAUCUGACACCGGAGCUUCCGCAACUACGGCUAAACGACUGGAUCCUUUUGGAAUAAAUGAUCCGUUUUCAGAUGAACCAGAUCUGUACGGAAUAAGCGAUCCGCAUUCAGACGAAUCUGACACCGGAGCUUCCGCAACUACGAAAAAACAACUGGAUCCUUUUGGAAUAAAUGAUCCGUUUUCAGAUGAGCCAGAUCUGUACGGAAUAAACGGUCCGCAUUCAGACGAAUCUGACACCGGAGCUUCCGCAACUACGGCUAAACGACUGGAUCCUUUUGGAAUAAAUGAUCCGUUUUCAGAUGAACCAGAUCUGUACGGAAUAAACGGUCCGCAUUCAGACGAAUCUGACACCGGAGCUUCCGCAACUACGGAAAAACAACUGGAUCCUUUUGGAAUAAAUGAUCCGUUUUCAGAUGAACCAGAUCUGUACGGAAUAAACGGUCCGCAUUCAGACGAAUCUGACACCGGAGCUUCCGCAACUACGAAAAAACAACUGUAUCCUUUUGGAAUAAAUGAUCCGUUUUCAGAUGAACCAGAUCUGUACGGAAUAAGCGAUCCGCAUUCAGACGAAUCUGACACCGGAGCUUCCGCAACUACGAAAAAACAACUGGAUCCUUUUGGAAUAAAUGAUCCGUUUUCAGAUGAGCCAGAUCUGUACGGAAUAAACGAUCCGCAUUCAGACGAAUCUGACAAAAGAGCUUCCGCAACUACGAAAAAACAACUGGAUCCUUUUGGAAUAAAUGAUCCGUUUUCGGAUGAGCCAGAUCUGUACGGAAUAAACGAUCCGCAUUCAGACGAAUCUCUUGACACCGGAGCUUCCGCAACUACGAAAAAACAACUGGAUCCUUUUGGAAUAAAUGAUCCGUUUUCAGAUGAGCCAGAUCUGUACGGAAUAAACGGUCCGCAUUCAGACGAAUCUGACACCGGAGCUUCCGCAACUACGGCUAAACAACUGGAUCCUUUUGGAAUAAAUGACCCGUUUUCAGAUGAACCAGAUCUGUACGGAAUAAACGGUCCGCAUUCAGACGAAUCUGACACCGGAGCUUCCGCAACUACGGCUGAACGACUGGAUCCUUUUGGAAUAAAUGAUCCGUUUUCAGAUGAACCAGAUCUGUACGGAAUAAACGAUCCGCAUUCAGACGAAUCUGACAAAAGAGCUUCCGCAACUACGGCUAAACAACUGGAUCCUUUUGGAAUAAAUGAUCCGUUUUCAGAUGAGCCAGAUCUGUACGGAAUAAACGAUCCGCAUUCAGACGAAUCUGACAACAGAGCUUCCGCCGCUACGGCUAGACAACUGGAUCCUUUUGGAAUAAAUGAUGAAUACAAGCUUUCAACCAACCCCAAAUGGUUGGCUAAUUUCAUAUAUCGUCGACAUUUCACAGAUGUAGAUGGUGGAAACAAUCAAAGAUCAACCGAAGCGUUGAAGAUAAGUCGAACUGAUCACUUUCCAAACACAAGAAUCAAUGGGACAACUGCUCCUCGUAAUAGAACAUUCCGUCCAAGCGGGACAUAUGGCACAGGACAUGGUGACUCGAACAAAACAGCACCGAUGUUUCUUUUUGAUGAUUCCAUGACAUCUGACAUCAUAAUGACGGUCAUCUUUAUCGUACUCAUUGUGCUUCUACUAGUUCUUAUCAUAAUACUUAUUGGAAUUAGAAACGAAAGGAAACGUACUCGACGAAGAAAAGAAGCGCUACGACAAGAAAUGCUCGCGCAAGAGAAAUACUUUGCACAACAGUCAUCAUCACCGAAGCCAUCAAAAUAUCCAUUUUUGGUAUUUCCUAAGGUUUUACCCGAUUCGAAAGGCAAAGAUGAAAAGAGAACAGACACAAAGAUUGAUAUUGACAACCCUGCUCCUCAACCUGCACCCCAACAGCCUUCCGUGGAUCGCAAUACGGAUAUAAUUUUUGAGGCAUCUGAUGGUAAUACUACUGACAUUUACAGCGAUGAAAAUACACUCAUUGAAAUGAAGAGGAGACAUCGUUAA